GAGAUGUAAGACGGAGCCGACAAGUUUGAUAUCGCGAAUUAACCCGGUGAACGACAUGCGUUCCAGUGCAUUAAUAAUCGUCGCCAUUUCCGUCGUUCUUGUCUCGGCGUUCUGUACCGAGGCAUAUCCGCUAGCCGAGAAUGAAGUUGACGCAAUCCUUUCGGAACAGCAGAAUGUAUCAAUGCCAAUUGAUCCAAAGCCUGCCGACCCAAAAUCGGAUAGUUCAAGCGAGGAAUCUCACAUCAGUGAAGAAGCUGUUAAGGAUGUUGUCAAGGAAGCUGAAAAAGUGAGGAUGGUUCGCUCGACCAAAAAGAAGAACGAUGACGAUGACAGUAGCAGCAGCAGCAGCAGUAGUAGUAGCAGUAGUAGUAGCAGCAGUUCUUCAAGCGAUGAUGAUGACAACAACCAUAAGCGAAAGUCGAAAAAGAAGAAUGAUUGCGAUGACGACGACAGCGAUGAUAGCGACGACGAUGAUUGCAAAAAGAAGAAAAAGAAGAAUGAUAAUGACGACGACAGCGACGACAGCGACGACAGCGACGACAGCGACGACAGCGACGAUGAUUGUAAGAGAAAAUCGAAGAAGAAGAAAAAUAAUGAUGACAGCGACGAUAGCGACGAUGAUGACGAUAAUGAUUGUAAGAGAAAAUCGAAGAAGAAGAAAAGUUGCAAAAAUAAUGAUGAUGACAGCGACGAUAGUGAUGACAGCGACGACGAUGAUGACGAUAACAAGAAAAAGAAAAAGCGCAGUAAUAUCGAUUGCGACAAUGGCGACGGUUGCAAGAAUCAAACAAAAUCCAAACGAGAUUGCGAUUCGGAUAAUGGAGAUUGCCUGUUAAUGAGAAAAUACAAAAGGGACGUGGACCAAGCGAGUUCUGAGAGCAAGUCUUCGUCCGAAGAAAAGAAUACACCGAAACCUUAGUGAAAGGUUUUUUUAUUAAUCAUGCUACAUUCGGACCACCAGGAAACUUAAAAAGGAAAAUGUUUGGAACAAGAAAGGAAAGACGCAAGCGCCGCGGUUAUAUGAAGUGAGAACGUCAUCGAAUGUAUGAUAUUUCUUUUGUUUACUACUCCUCGUUUCGUCAAUAACACAUCAAAUUCUAAUCAAUGUUAAUUAUCUAUUUUAAUGCACAGUAAUUAACUCGAGGAGAUAAUGCGUUGCAUCACUUCUUAUUUUCUGCUCUAAACAAUUCUUUCACGCAUCAUCGGCUCCCAAGGAGGGUAGAAAAAGUACAUUUAUCAGAAAAUCGAUCUGGAACCACUCGUAGCUAAUUGUUAGAUAACUACUCGACCAUCCGAAAUAAAAAAUGUCCUACUUGUUUUUACAAGUUAAAGUGCGCGCCUGCUAUACGUGCAUCAUAUCGACUUUUAAGAAGAUACCAAUAAAAUGAGUGUGUUCAUAUUUUA